AUGUUGUCUGUACCUCAUGUUAUUCCCAGUUCGUCAAGAAACAUCUUGAGCCUUGCCACACGACAAAUCCCCAGAGUGACAGUGUCCACCGGGCUAUCUCAUCGACGCUUGUCAACUAAAAAGUCUGUAAACAAUGGAGUGACAUUGCUUCAGGACAAAAAUAAUGGGCUCGGCUUCGCCCGGUCCAACCCGCGACCCCCAAAGCCAAGGACCAAGGGCGUCACGGAAAUCCGAGGGCCCUACUAUUCGGUAAUGGGGAAAAGAUACCUGGCGGAUGUGCUGGAGACUAUGGACACGCAUGUGGAUGGCCUGAAAUUCGCCGGAGGAUCUUUCUCUCUAUUCCAGGAGAAGUCCCUCAGGGAAUUGAUUAACCUUGCCCAUGAACAUGGGGUUUAUGUCUCAACAGGGGGAUGGGCUGAGCAUCUUCUUACCCAUCCGGACCCCAAUGCCGUGUUUGACAAAUACCUUCAAAAAUGCAAAGAAUUAGGAUUUGACGUGAUAGAGCUGUCAUCGGGCUUUUUGUCAUUCCCAGAAGAAGAUUGGCUUCGACUGGUCGACAAAGUUCAUUCCUACAAGUUGACAGCGAAACCUGAACUGGGCAUCCAAUUCGGCGCUGGAGGUGAUACCCCCGCCUCCGAACUGGAAGCAAUUGGUACCUCCGACCCAGGCAAGCUGGUUAGCUUGGGUCACAAAUUUCUGGAUGCCGGUGUGGAACGCUUGAUGAUUGAGUCCGAGGGGAUCACGGAAAACGUGCAGUCGUGGCGGACCGAUGUGGUGUCCAAGAUCAUGAAAGAGCUGCCCCCGGAGAGGGUCAUGUUUGAGGCAGCAGAUCCAAAAGUGUUCAACUGGUAUAUCCGGGAGUUUGGCAUCGAUGUCAACCUGUUCGUUGACCAUAGCCAGAUUGUACAGCUUUCAUGCUUGCGUCAUGGAAUCUGGGGCACUGCCGACACCUGGGGAAAGAUUGUUUCUUUCCGGCCAUAG